CAAUAAUCUACGACAUCCGAGAUCACCGCGAAUACCAGACAGCACCGCAUUCUGAGUAACGGGAUAUCAGCUUCCUUGGAAUAUUUUUGUGAGAAUGUCCAGCUCGCAGAAAAUCGAAUUUCAAACGCUCGACGGUAUUACCCUGCGGGGACUCCUCUUUGAGGCUAGUAAGCCAGGUCCUGCGGUCAUAAUGACCCCUGGGUUCAACAUGGUCAAAGAAAUCUGCCUCCCAGACGUCGCCACAGAAUUUCAACGUAAUGGUAUUACUGCGCUCAUUUACGAUCCUCGCAACUACGGCGAAAGCCAGGGCUCGCCCGUCAAUCAGCUUGACCCACUAAAGCACGCCGAGGACUACAUGGAUGCAUUCACUUUUUUGGCGAAGCAACCUUGCGUCGACAGUACCCAGAUUUAUUUUUGGGGUUGGUCCUACAGCGGUUCAAUUUGUAUAGGUGCUGCAUCACUUGAUGAACGCAUAAGGGGCGCAAUUGUCCUAUGCCCUUGGGUCAAUGACGUAGUGUCGCCAGAUACCGCGCACAAGGCCAUGAAGAAGUUUCUUCGGGAUCGCGAGUCUCAGCUGCAAGGGAACUCUCCUUACUAUAUUCCUAUCGUCGAUUCGUCCGGGGCAAACCCGGUUGGUUGGGGACCAGGCCUCGGUCAGGAAAUGUAUCAAUCCGUCGCACGCUACAAGGACACCAUUGCGCCAAACUUCGAGCCGAAGAUUACCUUGCAGUCAUAUUUCAAGAUGUUACAAUGGAAUCCUUACUCAUUGCUUCGGUUUCUCGUCUCUACACCGGUCCUCAUGAUAGUACCCGAGCUAGACCAUGUCUGUUCACCACAAGUACAGCGGGAUGUUUUCGACUCUAUCCUGGCACCAAAAAGGAUCUUCAAUGCUGAAGGCUGUGGGCAUCAAGAUGUUGCAGUUGGAGAUAAGUCUCGACCCUCACUUGAAUGUCAGUUCCAGUUCAUUCGCGAUGUUAAGCUGGGCCGUUUUCCUUGAAGAUGAGUGUACGGUGCAACAUUGCUACCUCUUUAUUCCGUACAUGCAUGCAUUGAAUUUUCAACAUAUCUGGCCG